AUGACACAGGUUGUUGGUUACAAAGUGGAGUUGUUCUUGAAGAACGACACCAGUGUGAAAGGGGUCGUCAACAAAGUGGUGGACAAGGUGCUUUCGUUGGAUAAUGUUGAGUUCCAAGAUGGGGCACAGUUGGCUCAUCAUGCUGUCCCUGGUAGUGAGAUUAAAGAUUUGAAAGUUAUUGAUAUGCCUAAAGAUUCAUCAAAGAAAAAGAAGUCAACUAAAAAUGAAAAGAUAUCAAACAAGAAUAACAACAACAAUUAUGAUAAUAGUACAAACUCAACACCUGUACAACAACCUCUUCAAGAUGAUGCUAUACUGUUCUAUAGAAGCAAUACACCUUCUAGAGAGACUGAAAGUCGUUCCAAUGGCGGGAAUAAAAAGAAACUACUCAAGAGAAACAUUUAUAGUAAUGAUCAUGAUAUUACAUGGGAUGAUAAUAUCGCACAAAUCAAAAAUGAUGAUUUUGAUUUCGAAAGCAGCACAGCUGGGUUUGAUAAACAUGCUGCCCUGGAGGAAUUUGCAAAUAACGAUCAUAUUGACCCAUCACAAAGAUUGGCUGGUCAUAAUAAAUUAAAAUCACCAGUGAAGACAACAUAUAACAAUGAUGAAAAUGUUUUGGAUAGUAAAGUUGAUAAAUGGGAACAAGAAUCACGUAAUGGAAGCAAUGGCAGUGAAAGAAAGACAAGAUUGACUGAGAAAACUGCAAAUAAUUUGGCAUCAUUAAUGAAUUCCGGUGCAUCAUCAUCAACAAGUAGACCAAGAUAUAAUAAUAGAUCACCAUCCCUGGAAUUUAGAGGAUUACAAUUGAUUUGCUCAGAAACAAAAGAUACAUUACCAUUAGCUUCACCAAUCCAACUCUUGGAUAUUGAAAGAUUGGCAUUUGAAAGUUUUAAAAUAUCAUCUCAAUUAAUAGCUGAAAAUGCAAGUAGAGGUAUAACGGGAUUAGUUAUCAAGAUUCUUGGUGGAGCAUCAAGAAUCUCAAACAAGAAUCAUAACCUGCCACCUUUGGUGUUGUUAUUAGUUGGUAAUAAUAGAUCAGGUGCUAGGGCUUUAGCUGCAGGUCGUCAAUUAACAAAUCAUGGUGUUCGAGUAAUUGCAUUCACAUUGACAGAUUUCAACUCUGUUGAUGAAUUUGAUGAGAAUGUUAAACAUCAAUUGGAAUUAUUUCAAUUAUCUGGAGGGAAAUGUACCUCAUCAUUAUCAGGAUUAAAUAAGAUUGUUUCAGAUAUUGAUACACCAAUUGAAUUAGUUGUUGAUGCAUUACAAGGUUUUGAUACAAACUUGUCAGAUCUAUGGGGAGAUGAACUUGAAUUGGCAUUACAAUUGAUCCGUUGGGUUCAACAACAAGAUAUAGGUACUUUGUCAUUAGAUAUACCUUCUGGUAUUGAUGCAGGUUCGGGAUUGAUUGGCGAUGUUGAGAUCAUUGAUGCUAAAUGGGUUGUCAGUCUAGGGCUACCAGUGAAUGGUAUACUACAUGCAUAUUCUAAUGGUGCUGCUCAGAAAGGUGAUUGGACUCACUAUUUGGUUGAUGUUGGAUUACCAUUGAACUUGUUCAAGAAGGGUUCUUUGAGGAAAUUUGACCGCAACUGGUUCGGUGGUGAAUGGUCUGUUUCUCUUGAGAUCGUGGAGAAGUAG